CACGACAGGUGGCGCUCACACACUUCUCUGCUAUUAUCGCUGAUGAGGACUUCCUGUCACUGUCUAAGGAGGCCAUAGCAGACCUUCUUGCCAGUGAUGACCUGGCCAUCCAUAAAGAUGACCUGGCCCUGGAGGCCAUCCUACGCUGGGUGUCAUUGUACCCUGAACGAGAAAAACAUUUUCUGGAGCUCAUUGAGCUGGUCAAUGAGGAGGACCACGGCUAGAGAGACCCUCUUUGUCCUGGGUGGACCUCACGACCAGGAGCAACAGGCACUUUACCAGUUUCACCCACUCAGUGGUAGAUGGCAGAGCUGUGCACCUUUGCAGAGGAAGAACAUCACACAGUAUUCGGUAGCUGCUGUAGGGGACAACGUGGUUGUGACAGGUGGUUACUUCAGGGACGUACUGUGGUUCAGUGUGGACUGGGUCAGGAUAUAUGAAUGUGGGAACCAGUGCUGGCUAGAUGGGCCGGCCCUGCAGAAGUCCAGGCACAGCCACGGCUCCAUAGGACUGGACUCCGUACUGUAUGUCCUGGGGGGCAGCAUGGAUGAGGGGCUUGUGGCUGAUGUGGAAAGGCUGGUGCUGGGGUCAGGGGAGGAUGGUUGGGAGGAGGUCAGCCCCAUGGUUAGGGCUGUGGAGAGGGCAGCCAUUGCUGCUCUGGGGUCAUGUAUCUACGUGGCGUGUGGCCUGGAUGAAAACGGGGAGGCGUAUGGUGGAAUCCAGAGGUAUAUGGUAAAGGAGGAUCAGUGGGAUGUGGUCUCCUAUUCUCCUUUUCCACGAUAUGACCUGGUUGCCACAGAGCUCAACGGCGCCCUCUACCUUUUUGGAGGCCAAGCUUUGCGUUUUGACGUGGAGACAGAUGAGUGGACUGUACUGGAGGAGGAAUGUCUGGACAGGAAGUUCUUCUCUGGCUGCACAACAGUCAGCGGCCAGAUAUACCUGGUUAGUGAGAGGAAGAGUAACAAGGCAUUCCCAAACAUGGUGCUGAUGGACCCUUAUAUAGACACUUGCAUUGAGGUAGAUGAUGCCAUACCCUGCCCUGUACCCCUCAGAGGGUGUGUCACCAUGAGAAUGGUCACGUGA